CAUCUCUCCCCCUUGGAUCUUUGACGUGUGCUGAGCGCGGGCAAAAACAAUCCGCCGGGGGAUAUAUAAGUGAUCUGACCGGAGUACACGGGAUGUAGUCAGUCAGCAGUACCGACGAGAGAUCGCAAGUACUUGGAGAGGCAACAUGUUUAAGCUGAUCGUCCUUCUCGCCACCGUCGCCUACGCGUCCGCCGGCCUCUACUCCGGAUACGGAGGACUUUACGGCUACGGCGGCUACGGCUACGGCAGCGGCUACGGCAGCGGCUACGGGUUGGGUCAUGGAGUAGCGGCGAUCGCACCGUACGCUCCACUUGCGACCAGCUACGCCAAUACGUACAAGGUCGCCGUGGCUCCCGCACCAAUCACCAAGGUUGUCGCGCCUGCCAUUACGAAAUUGGCGUACGCCGCACCUGCCAUCACCAAGGUGGCCUACGCCCCGAGUUAUUCCGCGCCGGCGAUCAGCUACGGCGGCUACGGAUACUCAAUUCCACCAUCGGUCACCUAUCUGAACAAUUAUGGAUACGGACAUGGUCUUGGAGGUCUUGGAUAUGGUGGUCUCGGUAGUCUCGGUUACGGCUACGGACUCGGCUACGGUCACGGUUAUGGAUAUGGUGGAUACUAUCACUGAGAGAGAAGAUAGGGUCUCGUGGAAUGAACACCGUGCUCGACGAAGCCCGAUUGUAAACGGCUGGCGCAGCCUACCCUUUUGCCACAAACACUGUCAUCGGCUAUGUAUAUGACUAUGUUUAUAAUAUAACAUUUUCAUCUCUUUUA